AUGUCGACCAUCUCGACAGCACUUCGUCAUUUCAAGGAGCCGACCAAGGAACAGUUAACACAAAUAUUCUUCUCAUUACCCGCUGGAGAUGAAGCUGGUCAAAGUGGGGGGAUGGAUCAGGAGAAGAUGGACAUCAACGCUGUCCUUAGCCUCGGUGAAGCGAUUGAGGACUCAUACGCUGGGAAGCUGCAUAUAAUGCCACCAUAUCUGGCGUUUGCUUCAUUGGAUAGAAAGUCUGUCAGGUUUACGAUACCGUUGUCUACAAUCCGGCGGGUGGAGAGGUUGAACGCACGGGCUGGCAUCUACGCCUUAAGUCUUCUGCUAUGGCAUGGAAUGAAGAUCAUUGUGCAAUUGACAUCCCUUCGGCCAACGGCAGACCUCUUCUGCUCUCUUCUCCGAGAUGCGCUCAAGGUUGAACUUCAACGUGGGCAAAUGAAACUCGUGAAGAGUUUUGUUAAGACAUGCUACUCAGAAGUCCUCGUCUCUACAUCCUCGACAGUCGGGGAGAAUGAACGUGAGGAUGGGAGUUUAAUCAAUGACGACAAGGAUGCAGAAUCACAAGAUAUUGCUUAUCAUGGUGGAUUGGGGCUCAAGUUUAAAUUCCCGGGCGACCCAAAAAAACUGCGGGAAGCUUCAAAAAUUAAGCUAUGGACCACUUACCUGCGUUCUCAUGGCCGCAAUCUUACCCUCCUUCGUUACCCACAAUGUACGCGUCUUGUUCAGGUUGGGCUGCCCAACAGACUACGCGGUGAAAUGUGGGAAACCCUUUCUGGGUCAAUCUAUCUACGGUUCUCGAACCCUGGAUACUACGAUCGGCUUUUGGAAGAGUACGCGGGAAGCACGAGUACGAGCACAGAAGAUAUCGAGAAAGAUCUUCACCGUAGCUUGCCUGAGUACGCGGGCUAUCAAUCCGAGGCGGGAAUCGGUGCCCUUCGUCGGGUUCUGCAAGCCUAUUCGUUCAAGAAUCCAGACCUCGGUUAUUGUCAGGCGAUGAACAUUCUCGCAGCCGCUAUCCUGAUUUAUAUGUCGGAAGAGCAAGCCUUUUGGCUUCUUGAAGUCCUCUGCGAUCGACUUCUUCCAGGUUACUAUGCUCCCUCCAUGCAUGGUACGAUGCUUGACCAACGCGUGUUUGAAUCCCUUGUGCAGCGGUGCUUACCCAUUAUCCACGAACAUUUCCGACUUGUCGAUGUUCAGCUAUCUGUCGCGUCAUUGCCUUGGUUUUUGAGUUUAUACAUCAACAGCAUGCCUAUGGUUUUUGCAUUCCGGAUAGUAGACUGUUUCUUCUGCAUGGGACCGAAAGUCUUAUUUCAAGUCGGCUUAGCAAUUUUGAAGAUUAAUGGGGAAGCCCUGCUUCAAAUACAAGAUGAUGGAGGGUUUCUCAAUCUCAUGCGAGACUACUUUGCCUCUCUCGGCGAGUCUGCUCACCCGGACUCCUCUGAUCCUCGAGCACGCGCUAUCACUCGGUUCCAGGAGUUACUUCUUGUGUCCUUCCGAGAAUUCUCAGUCAUCACGGACGAGACGAUCCUAACCGAGCGCAGGCGCUUUAGGAGCGAGAUCAUCCAUAGCAUCGAAUCGUUCUCCAAACGUUCUGCUGUGCGGAAUUUGAAGAGUCUAGGUCGAUUCACGAAAGAACAAGCUGGCUUGAUCUAUGAUGCGCUGUACAAGGCCAUGUGCAUCGUACCCCCGCCACCUGCUGCUGCACCAGAGAAGGCUUUGUUCACGACGGGUGAAGGUAAUGAAGCGAAGCCUGAGACGAGGAUUGGUCUACGCACUUUCCAGCAUUUCCUUAGUGAGAUUGCGACCUGGGCCAGGGACGAGAAGAUUGUGAUGAAUGGCUUUCAGCAACGCAUCGACCGAGAAGUUGCAGAGCACGAGUUCAUUGACAGAUUAUUCUUUUUCUGGGACACAUCUUGUAAGGGGGCAUUGUCAUUCCAGGAUCUCGUCUCUGGUUUGGACGGAGUGAUGUUCAAUGACCUAAUGGAGAAUAUUGAAUGGUUUUUCAACCUACACGACAAGAACAAAGACGGAUUCCUCACGAAGGACGAAGUCCUAACCCUCUCUGAGUCAUUCUUGUUCAUUUUCCGAUAUGAAAUUGGUGAUGCAUAUCUAGGAGCAGUCAGCCGGUUCAUGACAAAUGCUUUCGAGUAUGGUGAUGCGCUUCUUCCUCAGUCAGAAGAGGCCAAAGAGGGCGACGCCGAGCCAGAGUCGCCUCGACCCGUAGAAUCUAACCAGCCAUAUCUAAAUCUUGCUACGUGA